CACCAAAGAAGAAGAAGAUUAGCUUGUGAAUGGGGUCCGCUAUUUACCACUCCUCGUCGGUAAAUGAAGCCUUAUUUCUCCCACAAAAUGACAUAUUCUUGACCAGGUCAAAAUGUUUCGUCGGUCGAGAUUUAGUGUGCGUCCCAAUGUCAGUACAGCAGUGAGACCAGCAUCAACACCCCAAGAAGCCCCUGCAGCAAAUCAGGAGGCCAGUGAGGCCCCGAGAGAGACUGGCGAGCGUAACAAUGCUGCUGCUCUGACAGAUAAGCCCAACGUGACCCUGACAGAAAAAGCUGCAGCUUCGGGGGACGGUAGUGAUCAAAAUGUGGAUGGUACCUGCUCAACUGUCCAAAGAAGGAAACGAUUUUCUGUUAAGCCUAAAGUGGCCCCUGGCCGCUCCUCUACUCUGUCUCGGACACCAAAGUCUCCUGUCAAAGCAGCCUCUCAAUCAUCUGUUGAAUGCUCUGGCUCAGACCUUGAGAAGCCAACAACAUCCAGCCAAACUGGAACUACAGCAACUCCUAAGGGACUCCAGUCCCCAAGGCGACGCAGGCCUUCAGAAGACAUCAAGCAGCCUAAAAUGCAACAUAAACCCACCUCCAUCUCUUUGGACACUUCCGAGCCUUCAGCUGUUUCCCCAGCUGUGCACUCGGUAGAACAAACCCAUCUUCCAGCAGACAGUAGCAAACAGUCAGAAAACAUUUCAGACAGACAAGUUAAGGAAGCUCCUCCCAGACCACCAGAUAGACCCUCCCUACCAGACAAAGAAUCCACUGAACUGUCAGAGAAGGCCAAGACUCUUGUAACGUCAAAAAGUGUGCUUUCACUGACACCAUCAGCACUCUCUCUGAGCAGACUCCUGAAUGACCCAUCAGACUUAAAGAGGCUUGUGAAGGCCCAAAAGCUCAGAGAGUUGCUCAAAGAAGAGAGACGCAAAGAAAAGAAACUCAAGAAAGCUAAGGAAUUUCCAAAGGUGAUUCAUUUAGAUCCUGCCAAAAUGCCCAUAAGGGACGUGAUCCAUUUCUUUCCCUUGUUUAACCCCGUGAUAUCUAGUUUAGUAGACUCGACUCAAGAGAAUGAGACUGUGGUCCCACCUUCACCAGGAACAGGAGCGUCUCCAAAGCAGGCUCAGGAACCUGAAGUCCCCCUUAACACUGUGAGCAAACGGGAAGGAGAGGAAGAGGCAGAUGAAGUGCAGGAAGUAGCACUUAUGGUUCCACAAGUCAAAGUUGCAAAAAAUGGCUCACUGAUUAUUGAUGAAGAGAGCUUAACUGUGGAAGUCCAGCGAGCCAAAGGGCCGAACCCAGCAGAGGAUAGAGACCCCAUCUUUGAGCGAGGCUCCACUACGACUUACGCAAGUUUCAGGAAAUCGAACCGUGCGAAGCACUGGUCCAGCGAAGAGACAGACAUGUUCUUCCUGGCAAUUAGCAUGGUGGGGACAGACUUUUCUAUGAUUGGUCAACUGUUUCCACACAGAUCUCGACUAGAGAUAAAGAACAAAUUCAAGAAAGAAGAACGAGAGAAUUCUUGGAGGAUUGAUAAAGCUAUCAAAAAGAGGCGCACACUGGACAGAGAGUACUUCUCUAAGCUGUUAGAAAAAAUUUUAGAAUAUCAGAAAAGCAAGAAGAAACUCCGAUCGCUGAGAGAGAAGAACUCAUCCAAAAAGGGCAAGAAGGCAACAGAAGCCAGAAAAUCUGCAAGCAAACUGAGUGAUGUGGAGGAGGAAGAUGAGGAGGAUGAGAAUGAGGUUCUGGACUUGGUGGAGGAGGAAGGGGAGAAAGAGAAUGAGGAUCUCUGUGAUGAUGGAGACAUUCCUGUUUCUGAGGCUAAGACAAAAAGAGGCAAAAGGAAAAAAAGCCAAACUGCUCUGGAUGAGGAACCGAAUGACAAGAGAAACAAACGAGUGAGCACUGAGCAAGGUGAGGACGGCGUACCUGAAGACACAGAGGCAGGACUUCCUCAGAGCCACAGAGAUUCAGACAUGUGCACAUUUGUCAAAAUGUUUCGUCGGUCGAGAUUUAGUGUGCGUCCCAAUGUCAGUACAGCAGUGAGACCAGCAUCAACACCCCAAGAAGCCCCUACAGCAAAUCAGGAGGCCAGUGAGGCCCCGAGAGAGACUGGCGAGCGUAACAAUGCUGCUGCUCUGACAGAUAAGCCCAACGUGACCCUGACAGAAAAAGCUGCAGCUUUGGGGGACGGUAGUGAUCAAAAUGUGGAUGGUACCAGCUCAACUGUCCAAAGAAGGAAACGAUUUUCUGUUAAGCCUAAAGUGGCCCCUGGCCGCUCCUCUACUCUGUCUCGGACACCAAAGUCUCCUGUCAAAGCAGCCUCUCAAUCAUCUGUUGAAUGCUCUGGCUCAGACCUUGAGAAGCCAACAACAUCCAGCCAAACUGGAACUACAGCAACUCCUAAGGGACUCCAGUCCCCAAGGCGACGCAGGCCUUCAGAAGACAUCAAGCAGCCUAAAAUGCAACAUAAACCCACCUCCAUCUCUUUGGACACUUCAGAGCCUUCAGCUGUUUCCCCAGCUGUGCACUCGGUAGAACAAACCCAUCUUCCAGCAGACAGUAGCAAACAGUCAGAAAACAUUUCAGACAGACAAGUUAAGGAAGCUCCUCCCAGACCACCAGAUAGACCCUCCCUACCAGACAAAGAAUCCACUGAACUGUCAGAGAAGGCCAAGACUCUUGUAACGUCAAAAAGUGUGCUUUCACUGACACCAUCAGCACUCUCUCUGAGCAGACUCCUGAAUGACCCAUCAGACUUAAAGAGGCUUGUGAAGGCCCAAAAGCUCAGAGAGUUGCUCAAAGAAGAGAGACGCAAAGAAAAGAAACUUAAGAAAGCUAAGGAAUUUUCGAAGGUGAUUCAUUUAGAUCCUGCCAAAAUGACCAUGAGGGACCUUAUCCAUUAUCUUCCCAUGUCUAACCCCAUGACAUCUAGUUUAGUAGACUCGACUCAAGAGAAUGAGACUGUGGUCCCACCUUCACCAGGAACAGGAGCGUCUCCAAAGCAGGCUCAGGAACCUGAAGUCCCCCUUAACACCGUGAGCAACAGGGAGGAAGAGGAAGAGGAAGAGGCAGAUGAAGAGCAAGAAGAAGCACUUAUGGUUCCACAAGUCAAAGUUGCAGAAGAUGGCUCACUGAUUAUUGAUGAAGAGAGCUUAACUGUGGAAGUCCAGCGAGCCAAAGGGCCGAACCCAGCAGAGAAUAGAGACCCCAUCUUUGAGCGAGGCUCCACUACGACUUACUCAAGUUUCAGGAAAUUGAAUCAUGCAAAACGCUGGACCAGUGAAGAGACAGACAUGUUCUUCCUGGCAGUUAGCAUGGUGGGGACAGACUUUUCCAUGAUUUGUCAACUGUUUCCACACAGAGCUCGAUCAGAGAUAAAGAACAAAUUCAAGAAAGAAGAACGAGAGAAUUCUUGGAGGGUUGAUAAAGCUAUCAGGGAGAGGCGCAAACUGGAUAUAGAGUACUUCUCUAAGCUGUUAGAAAAAAUUUUAGAAUAUCAGAAAAGCAAGAAGAAACUCCGAUCGCUGAGAGAGAAGAACUCAUCCAAAAAGGGCAAGAAGGCGACAAAAGCCAGAAAGUCUGCAAGCAAACUGAGUGAUGUGGAGGAGGAAGAUGAGGAGGAUGAGAAUGAGGUUCUGGACUUGGUGGAGGAGGAAGGGGAGAAAGAGAAUGAGGAUCUCUGUGAUGAUGGAGACAUUCCUGUUUCUGAGGCUAAGACAAAAAGAGGCAAAAGGAAAAAAAGCCAAACUGCUCUGGAUGAGGAACCGAAUGACAAGAGAAACAAACGAGUGAGCACUGAGCAAGGUGAGGACGGCGUACCUGAAGACACAGAGGCAGGACUUCCUCAGAGCCACAGAGAUUCAGACAUGUCUGAGAAAACUCAAAAUGUGAAUACAGCUGCAGUGAAGCCAGCUAAACUGUCACGAGGCAGAGCACCAAAACCACUACUACCUUUAGGCUGCAAAUGGAGUAAAAAACCUGCACCUUGUACAACAGCUGAAAAUACUUCAUCGGAUAAAGAAGAGGAGAGUGUAAAUAAAGAUGCAUCAUCUUUAAGCCACGCCAGAGUGGAGUUAGCCGAUGAUGACAUUUCCUCUGAAGAGGAGGAUGUCAUUGUUAAACCUCCAAGACCCACCAGAUGUGGUAGAGUGCCUAAACCCACGAAGCCCUUGACUUACCCGGCCAAAGAGGAAGUACGCUCCUCUGCAUCUGAAGCUACACCGUCCACUGCCUCUGCUGCCAAACCUAAAUCCAAGCAGGCAGCCAAGAGGAGAGUCUCACCACAGCCAGAUUCAGCCCCCAAAUCCAAAAAGUCUAAACUUGUCACCCUCACAGCUUCUCAGACAGAAUUUAGUGAUGAUGAGGGUCAUCAGUGGCAGGAUGAAGAAGUGGAGGAGGUGGAACUCGCAGGUAGCCCCAGUAAAGACAGCAGUGCUCCUGUGUUUGUGCCUGCCGGCCUGCACACACCUCGUCCUCAGAUUAAAGAAGUGGAUGAGACAAUUGCUGAGCUUGAUAUCUUGGCCACUAUGCCUGAUGUUUUGGGCAUUUCCCAAGAUGCACUUUGCCCCGAUUCUGCUUGUGAGCAGGCACAGCAUGAAACAGGGUCAGCUGAGCCAUGUGAACAUCAGUUGGACCUGUUGAUUGAUGUUAUAGAGUUUAUUUCUUCAGAACAUGCAGAAGAAGUGUCUGACGAUCAGAGUUACAACGAGGCCGCUCAAACCUUGCUGACCAUUGGAAACCUGACUCACGUCUCUCAGUUGGCUCAGGAUCAAAUAAUUAUACCGGAUCAUGUAACAGCUGCAGGGGAUGCAUCAGCUGGUGUGAAUGAAACCAGCCACCUGGAAAAAGAGCUCACUUCAAAACCUGCUGUACAGGAGAAAAGUGCCACUCCUUCUGUAUCUACAUUUGGGCAGGACAUCACUCAGACAUCAGAAACUGUUGCUACCGCGGAACAACAAGAUAGCAUAACCGACAGUGGUGAAAUGUCCAUCGUUAAAACCGGUGAUGAGCCAAAUCCAGAGAGCUCAAACAAAAAUACUCCACAAUCCAAGCGGGGUCGCUUCUCCAAGGUGAAACCUAAACCCAACCUUGGCCGAAGCUCCAGGACUGCACAGCCAAAAUCCCAGUCAGAGAUAUCUGCAGUAAGGACAGCUGAAGAAAGCCACACAGUCCCUCCCAACAUCACAGACUGUUCUCCAGCAAUGCUAAAAAGCGACAUUUCCUCUGCUGAAGUCCAGCUAACAGUAGAGCCAUCUGGCAGUCAACCAGAUGUUGAUGGGGUAGAAUCAGGUGCAGCAACAUCAGAGAUCCAGAGUCACUGCUCUUCUGUGUCCCAGUUUGAAUCCAGUAUGGAUCAGGCCACCAGAGAGACAAAAACAUUAUUUGGGCCUACAGAUGAAAAACUUGGUUCACCUGUUGAAACUGCUGAGAUUGGUUUUAAGGAUGCACCAAACUCUGACUCAUUCAUCCCAGAGAUUGAACAAGAGUCAUGUUCAAAUUUACCCCCAGCCAAAGAAAGCGGUGAUAAACGUCCUCUAUGUGUUUCACCUGCAGAAGAUUUAUCUGUCACUCAAAAAGGAGAGAGUGAAGCCACAAAUACUUGCCAGUUUAGAAGAAGUCAGUUGCAAAAAGUCGAGCCUAAACCAAAUCUGUCACAGACCUCCAGAACUGUAAGCUCUAAACCUCAAACCACAACACAGCCUGAAGAAAGAGACUUAAAAAAAGCAAUAGCAGAACCAACAUGCAGCACCUCUGUAGAACAGUGUCAAAGCUCAGAUCCCGAUUCAGUAAAACCAUUAUUGAAUUUAGGCUCUGCUCUUCCACUCCCAGAGGAGCUGUCCACAAAUGAGGAGAAAAAGUCAGGCGCUGGACCACAACAGAGUAUCCAAGAAAACCAGAAUUCUGAAUCCCAGUUUGAACAUAGCGAGCAGCCUGCCAGUAACACGGGGUCAGCUUCUGACUUCACAGUUGAAAAAAUGACAUCCCAUGUUAGAACAACUAAGAGUAGCUGUGAUAAGGUGGUGACAUCUGACUCAGCAGUCACAGUGUCACAGGUUGGACGAGGGGCAAAUGUAGAUUCAGCCCCAGUAAAAGAAGGCAGUGACCGUCCUCCUGUGUUUCCCACAUCUGCUGACGAGUUACCCGUAAAUCAAAAAGAGGGUGAAGUUGUAUCUACCUCUCAGAUGAGGAGAACUCGAUUACCAAAAUUAAAACCCAAACCAAAUCUACCACAGACAUCAAGAACUGCAAAAUUUAAACCCGAAACUCAAAAGCAGCCUGAAGAGAGAGACCCAGUCCCAACGCAAGACCCCAGAUUUCACAAACCAACAGUAGUGGAUCCGCAACCGCAUUCAUCACGCACAUCUUCCCCUGAACAACAAAGUCAAAGUGAAGAUUCUGCUGCAGUCUUAAAACCAACAUUGGAUUUAGAUUCUACUCUUAUACCGAGAGAGGAACUGUCAGCAAAUGAGAAGAGCACAGAUCAUGGAGUAGACGUAGGUGCAGUAAUAUCAGAUUGCAGUGUCCCGGAAUACCAGAGCUCUGAAUCCCAGUUUGAACUCAGAAAGCAUCAGGUCACUGACACAAAGAAAUCAUUUGAGCCCACAGAGGACAAGGUUAAGUCUUAUGUUGGAACUGCCAAGACUGUUAUUGAUAAUUCAGCAACGUCUGACUUGGUGGUCACAGAAGUUGAACGGGAGUCAUGCACAGAUUUAGACCGAGGCCAAGAGAGCACCGAAAAACCACCUCCAUGUGUUUCACCUGCAGAGGAUUUACCUGUCAGGCAAAAAGGAGUGAGCGAAGUCACAGCUGCUUGCCAGUCUAGAAGGAGUCGCAUGCAAAAAGUCAAACCUAAACCGAAUCUAGCACAGACCUCAAGAAUUUCAAGGUGUAAACCUCAAACCACAAAACAGGCUGUAGAGAAAGACACAAACUCAACUCAAAAUACAAGCUUGCCUGAAACAACAAUUUCAGAUGUGGAACCACAACCAGCACACACCUCGUCCUCUGAAAAACAGAGUGAGAACACUGAUCCUGCUUCAGGUUUAAAACCAUCAGUGAAUGUAGUUUCUAGUCUUACACUCUUGGAGGAACCGUCAGCAAAUGAGGAGAAAAAGACAAACGUAAGGCCAGACUUGGGUGCAGCGACUUCAGAUCAGAGUGCCCCCGAAAACCAGAAUCUCUCUGAAUCCCAAGUUGAACUCAGUAUGGAUCAGGUCAUCGGUGACACAAAGUCGUCAUCUGAACCUGAAAAAAAUGUGCCCGGUGUUGGAACAGCUGAGAGUAGUUGUAAAGAUGUGGUGACUCCUGACUCGGCAGUCGCGGUCUCACAAGCUGGAAAGGACCCUGUCAUACACAUGCAGGUUGAAGAGAAAUCCUGUAGCCAAACCUGUGCGCCUGAAUCCACUGACUACAAAACGAAAGAUGUGGAAGCACAGCCAUCUUGCAGUCCUAACUUUCCAGAAAAAUCUAAAAGUCCUGAUACUGGUUCGGUUUCUGAACCAUCUCUGGAAUUGGGCUCUACUCAUAAAUACACAGAGGAGUUUUCUUCAACAGAGAAGGAAAAGACAGAUGUUGUGUGUGGACCAGUGUCAAGCUCAGUGAGUUUGGAACAAAAUGUCCCACAAAGAUCCCGGCGGUUUCCCAAGGUCAAACCAAAACCUAAUUUAGGAUCAUCCACAAGAACUGCCCGUACGAAACUACAGCCAGCUGAUAUCCCUGAAUCUGCACAACACUGCAAUGUUGAUACAAUCUCAAAUAUAGCAUCAGGACAACAGCCCGGAGACAAUAAUAAUGCACGGACACCUGUAAAAGUCCCAGAAAAAGACCUUCCAUCAGGACAUUGUUCAUUAAAUGCAGAAGUCUGCUCAGCGCUAGACACCUCAAAUAGUAAAGAAUCCCAUCCAUCUGAUCCUGACUCUUCUCUUGGCUGCUUGGCACAAGUUAAUGAGCAACAAAGUGAACAUGACUCCCCUACAAACAAUUCUCAAGUCCCUCUGGUUUGUGUGACAGAAGGACCUUCUACCCAGAAUGAAUCAAGUACAAAAGACAUCCAAAGUUAUCCAAUAUUUCAAGACAUGCUGCCAGAGCAGGUGCCUUCAGAUCCAGAUGAACCAUUUUUCAUCCUCUCUCUGACUGAGAUCCCGCUGUCCUCAUCAGGGGAGCUGGUGCACAGUGCUAUUGAGUACCCCUCUGGUUUUUCUGUAACAGAGUCAUCAAUACCUCAACCAAGCAGUGUUUCUGGAGAGAGUGUGGCAGCAGCAGGAGAGGGGUCUCUGUCUAAUGUUUCCAUACCCGUGUUCACAUUGAAGAAGGGUGAGAUGGGCCUCGACAAUGUGAAAGAUACUGAGCCAGGCCCAUCUGCGUUGAUUGGUCAUACCAUGGAGGAAACAGUGGAUCCACAUGAAAGUACUACAGACCAUCCACCAAAGUUUCCAGAUACAGUGGGCAGUAAUGAGACUGAAAUACCCCUUACAAAGCCAAGACAUACAGACACUGGAAGAAAAGCAAAACCGCAGGUUAAGUCCAGUUCUGUGAGGAGGAAACAAACCAGCAAGACCCUGUCAGCUGAGGCAGCAGAGUCAGCUCCCACCCACACAAUCACCACCCAGGACCUGACACAUUCAAUGCCUUCUGUGGAGCCAAAACCCUAUGAUGCUAUCACUGAUCCACAAAUUGGAAAUUACAGCCUUGAUGAGGAUAUUCUGACAGAUGGGAACGGCACUAACAGCAGCUUAGAAGCUCAAAGUUCACGGAGUAGGGAGUCUACUUGUCAGAGAAAACCCAGAGACUCCCUUUCCUCGCUUCCUGUAACAAACAAAAUCGCCCCUUCGCAGAAUCUUCCACCUGGAAAACCAGCUUCCAAGAGAUCUAAGGUUAAAACUCCAUUAGCUGAAGGAAAACAAUCUUUGCUAAAGCCUGUAGCCUCCACAUCACACGAUGUUGAUUCCACACAAAUUUUGGCGCAGCCACUAAAGGAAACCCAUCCAACAUCGACGACACUGCUAACACAAACUGCAGUGGAAGUCGAGCAGACCACCGGCAGAUUGGAUCCAGCUCCUAGCGCUUUACAGUGUACGGAUGAGCAGAGUGACUGUAUGGACAGCAGCUUUCUUGAUGAGGAGCCCACCGGUGUGUCUCAGUACUUCUUAAGUGACAUUUUUACAGAAGUGGAGGAGGGAUAAAAGCCAGUGGAGCCUGCAAACUGCUUGGCUUUUCAAAUUUUUAACUCUGUAAACACAAAUUUAUAACUGAAAGAUUUAGUUUGCUUUGAGUUGUAAUUCUUUAUUUACUGUACUGACAAAUACAGUUUGACCUUUGCAAGCACGAGCACUGAAGUACCAAUUUGCUAAAAUUACCUUUUAAACUGCCAUUAGUUUGAAUAUUUAAAUUAUUAACGUUAAAUAUUAAAGAAUUGAGGUUCUGUACAACAAACAUUUGUGAAUCAUAAUUUGACUGAAGCAGUGGCAGCGUUUGCUGAAUUUUUCAUUAUAUUUCAAACCUCAGAUGUCCUUUUUUUUUUUUUUUGUAAGCAGCUGUGAAUUUGUAAAUAUUGUAUACAGUAGCAAAUAAUUUUUAAAGAUUUUUGUCCAUUUUUGCUCCAUUUUCAGAUAACUUUGACCUCAGGAAGAAAAACAUAAUUUAGUAGACUGAGAUCAUGUACAGUUGUACAUUUCAGUGUAUAGACUUUUUUUUUUUAUGUCUGUUCUGUGUACUUUAGAAAUGUGAUUUGUGUGGAAAAUAAAGCCACCAGAUGAAAUUCCAUUUUUUUAAAAAAUGGAACCCAUUCAGAACAUAGGUAGUCCAUCUAUAACAGUGUCUGUGUUACAUGUUAAUAUGUUUGUAUAUAGUGUCAAUAUUGUGAUUAUUGACAGUAAUUUGCACAGUUAUGCAGUGUCUAUUUUGUUUGAUACUUAAAAAAAAAAAAUGUUUUCUAUCUGAAGGGUUACACUGAAAGUGAAACAUGUAAUUCUGUAAGAUCUGAUUAAAAAGUAUCCUUACGUGGUCACUUA